CUGCCACGAGGCCGCAGUAUAAUUGCUCGGCCCGCGCGCGCGCUUCCCUCCCGACACGGUCACUGGCGUGGGCUAUGCCUGCGCCUUCGCUCAUGUCCGCGUUGGCUUCCCGACUGCUGCAGUCUGCGCAGAGAUGCUCCCUCCGCCCUCGUUCCUUCCACCUCGCGGCAGUUCGAAAUGAAGCCGUGGUCAUUUCUGGAAGGAAACUGGCCCAGCAGAUCAAGCAGGAAGUACGGCAGGAGGUGGAAGAGUGGGUGGCCUCAGGCAAUAAACAGCCACACCUGAGCGUGAUCCUGGUUGGCGAGAAUCCUGCAAGUCACUCCUAUGUCCUCAACAAAACCAGGGCAGCUGCAGAUGUGGGAAUCAACAGUGAGACAAUUGUGAAAUCAGCUUCAAUUUCAGAGGAAGAAUUGUUGAAUUUAAUCAAUAAACUGAAUAAUGAUGAUAAUGUAGAUGGCCUCCUUGUUCAGCUGCCUCUUCCAGAGCAUAUUGAUGAAAGAAAGAUCUGCAAUGCUGUUUCUCCAGACAAGGACGUUGAUGGCUUUCAUGUAAUUAAUGUAGGGCGAAUGUGUUUGGACCAGUAUUCCAUGUUACCAGCUACCCCAUGGGGUGUGUGGGAAAUAAUUAAGCGAACUGGCAUUCCAACCCUAGGGAAGAAUGUGGUUGUGGCUGGAAGGUCAAAAAAUGUUGGAAUGCCCAUUGCAAUGUUACUGCACACAGAUGGGGCACAUGAACGUCCUGGAGGCGAUGCCACUGUUACAAUAUCUCAUCGAUAUACUCCCAAAGAGCAGUUGAAGAAACAUACAAUUCUUGCAGAUAUUGUAAUAUCUGCUGCAGGCAUUCCAAAUCUGAUCACAGCAGAUAUGAUCAAGGAAGGAGCAGCAGUUAUUGAUGUGGGAAUAAAUAGAGUUCAUGAUCCCGUAACUGCCAAACCCAAGUUGGUUGGAGAUGUGGAUUUUGAAGGAGUCAGACAAAAAGCUGGUUAUAUCACUCCAGUUCCUGGAGGUGUUGGCCCCAUGACGGUGGCGAUGCUAAUGAAGAAUACCAUUAUUGCUGCAAAAAAGGUGCUGAGGCUUGAAGAACGAGAAGUGCUGAAGCUUAAAGAGCUUGGAGUAGCCAGUAAUUAACUAUUCUGUCUUGUGUCAUGAACAACACUCCAAGCCAGCUCAAGAAGCAAAGCAGGCCAAUAGAAAUGCAAUAUUUUUAAUUUAUUCUACUGAAACUGUUUAAAAGGAUGCUUUGUAUUUAUUAAAAGCUUAAAUGGGUGGAUGUUUGUGCAUGCACCUGUAGUACCUCGCCAGGGAACAUUCCAGUAUUCUGCAGGGUUCAUGUGAUCUAGCCAAGUGCAGCCAUUAACCUAGUGAUGAACAUGGGAGACAUUGUCAUAUGGAGAAUGGACGCUUAACUUUGUCAAGCCCUCAGUUAAACAUUUGCCUUUUCUAGGAUUGCAUUUCCCAAGUGCUAUUCCAAUAAGAGUUGAUCCUCAUUUUAGGUACCAAACCUUUUGAGUUCAGCUGAUCAAACCAAAGGAAAAGUGUUGCUAGAGGAAAUUAGGGGAAAGGUGAAAAAGAAAAAAAUGGUAGUAAUUGAGUAGAAAGAAAUUAAUUUAUAUAUGUAUUGAUUGGUAACCAGAUUUAUCUAAAUAGAACUGAAUUGGCUAGGAAAAAAACCUACAUGUUGUUUUGCUAAGCUGUCUUUUUGAGGCUUAGUCAGUCACUGGGAAAAUGUUUAGGAUUGUUCCUUGCUAUUAGUCCUCAUUUUAUGUUUGUUACCCUUCAGUAAGUUUUCUCGAUUUUAGUUUUCUAGGAUUGAAAGGCUUCUUUUAUACAUUAUUCAUGUGUAUUGUCAUAUUUGUUUUUUGCUAUAUACUUUAACUUCAUUGUUAAAUUUUUGAAUUAUAUAGUUUCUUUGGUAUAUUUUAAAAUCUAUUUUUGAAAAACAAACUUGGCUUGAUAAUCAUGUGGGCAGCUUAGGUAAGUUUGCAACUUACUUUUCCACCAAAGAACUGUCAGCCGCUGCCUGCUUUUCUGUGAUUCACCCUGUUGACUUUUCCAGAAAAUUUUUAAGAGUUUGAGUUAAUAUUGAAUUUAAUCAGACUUUUUGAUUAAAGAUUAUUUUUCUCUUUUUUAAUAAAAUACAUCUGUCUGGUAUGGUA